AUGGAUAAACGUCCCAGUACAGACUCCCGCAGCAAGACGAGGCUACUACGGUUUCUUACCCCCUGUUCGAAGAGAGCCCGCAGUGUUAUGAUCAUUGUUGAGGAGCAGCCCCACAGCAGCAAGCUCCUGCCCACUGGCGUGGCCGAGAUCGUGCAUACGUGGAGUGUGUGCAGAAUGAGCAGCACGUUUGUAACAUUAGCUGAAGUACUGGAGGCACGAGGGGGACCUCUGCUGGAGGAGGAGGUCUGGUCCUUGCUGCUGGGCACUGCAGAGUCUUUAGUGGAUGUCUCUUAUAAGGGUCACAACAAUAUGUGCAGUAUCAUAAGCCCCACCUCCUUGCUGCUGUCAGCCACUGGUACCUUAGCAUUUAAGAACUGUGGCCUAUCAGAUGAGGUUUCCACAUUCGCCGCUCCAGAGAUGCUGCAGGGCCGUGCCAGCUCAACCAAACCUGCCACAGAGAGGAUGCUGGUGUAUUCACUGGGUAUGACUCUCUACUGGUCAGUUGAUUUUCACCUACCUCAAAAUCAGCCGGUUCAGUUGAGUGACCAUCUAAACAGCCUCCUCCUCAGCAUGUGUGAGGACCUGUCUCACCGCCGGGUAAACCUCAACUCCAUCCUGGAAGCCUGCGAAUCCCAGCUCAAAGCCUCCAUCCUGCUGCCCCCCGCCAAAGUCAUCAGGCAGCUGGUGGAGGAGGUUUUUCAUGAAUCAAUGGACCAGACGUCUCUGCCAGACAGCAAUGUCCCUCUGAGCGGCAGAAGUCUGAUGAUCAGAGAAAGACUUCAUGGAAAGAGAGGGCCAUUUUCAGACUUCAGCGAAGGAAGUGCUGAAGGUAGAAGAUACUCAACGGACUCUGACUCAAAGUCAGGGAGUUUACCUCAAAGACCAUGGAGACAAAGACCGAGAAGCUCUCCCACAUCGUUGUACCAAUCUUCUUUAGAAAGGCAUGUAUAUAUGCAUGCAUACAUGCACACCAUCACUAAAUCACCAAGAGUGUAG